AUGCCCACCUGGACUGAGGACCAGCAACUCAACAUGUGCAUGAGUACCAAACACCACAAGAGAGAGCCGGGACCAGAAGAUAAGCUCUACGAGGAGUGCUUCCCCUGGAAAGACAACGCCUGCUGCACAGUCGAUACCAGCUGGGGGGCCCACCUGGAUGUGUCCCCACUCCACAACCACAGCCUGACUCACUGUGGGCUUCUGGUCCCCAGCUGUCAGAAGCAUUUUAUCCAAGCCACCUGCUUCUACGCUUGCUCCCCAAACCUGGGGCCUUGGAUCCAGCAGGUGGGAAGCUGUUGGGGGAAGCAUGUGCUGGAUGUGCCGCUGUGCAAGGAGGACUGUGAGCAGUGGUGGGAUGACUGCCGCACCUCCUUCACGUGCAAGACCAACUGGCAAGACGGCUGGGACUGGAGUCAGGGGAAGGGACGCUGCCCUGCAGGGGCUCGCUGCCACCCUUUUCCCCAUUACUUCCCCACCCCGGCUGACCUGUGUGAGAAGAUCCUGAGCCACUCCUUCAAGGCCAGCCCUGAGAGCCGAGGCAGCGGGCUGUGUGUUCAGAAGUGGUUUGAUCCAGCUCGGGGCAACCCUAAUGUGGCAGUGGCCCGCCUCUUCGCCAGUUCUGGCCCUUCCUGGGAACUCUCCCACCCCCUCCUGGCCUUCUCUCUGUUCUUGUCAUUCCAUUCCUGA